AAAGAAUGAUGUCUGUCGAUUUUUCGCGUAUUUAAUUUCAAAUUACUGUAGAAAUAGAUAAUAAAUGGGUUAAAUCAAUUAAAAAUCACGUAUAUUUAGUUAAUAUUUGUGUUACGUCGACUUAAAACUACAAAAAAAAUGGAAUCCGAGACAAGUCGUACACUGCGACGUCAUAAACAGGAAGAAGACACCUGGCGGCGACGUUGUGGUUGCCUCCGUACCAGCGAGAAAUUGAAACAGAUUCUUGAUUCGUUUCCCCCACCCCCACCCCCACCACCUACACCAGAACAAGUAGAAAAGAAGUCCAUUACCCCUCUAGGAAAUAAUUGUAUAUCCGCAUAUUGCACUCACGUACAUCAAUCGUGUCCGUCAAAUAAUAUGGGAAAAUUAUGCGAAGAAUUAUCGGAAGUGCGUUAUGAAGAGCAAUCUUCAAAAGUAAAUAGACGAUCGUGGCGAAUUGUAUCAGAGCUGGUGCAACUCCUUCAGCUGUCGGUGACUGCCACUGCGUUGGCGUUGUACUACCUUAUUUACUGCUACAUGCAGUUAAUCUAUUAUACUUUGAGGAGCGCUUUGUAUUUCCAUAAUGCUGAUGGCGCAAUGAAGAUAACAAUAGGCAUUGUAACAAUUACAUCUAUUUUUGUCGCCUUUAACCUGAUAAUAAGACUUGAACGCCUAAUUGGAGUAUUUUAAAGAAAAAUUAAGGCAGUUUUGUAUAACGUUAGGC